CGGUAGGAGAGUGCUGAGGGCGGAGGAACACACACGGAAGGAUCACUCCAGACCCCAAACCUCCAGCUCUCGGGGCUUGGCAGGUGAAGGGAUGACUUUGCUUCUCAGAUCUCAGUGGGGCUGCCUCCCACCCAGGGCCUGAGGCCCAGCCAGCAUCAAUGGAGGACAAGAAGAAGAAAAGGAGUCCCAAACCCUGCCUGACCCAGCCGGCUGCAGCCCCAGGAACUCUCCGCAGGGUCCCUGUGCCCACCAGCCACAGUGGCUCCUUGGCCCUGGGCCUCCCUCAUCUGCCGUCCCCCAAACAGAGGGCCAAGUUCAAGAGGGUAGGCAAGGAGAAAUGCCGCCCGGUGCUGGCCGGAGGUGGGGGUGGCUCUGCAGGCACCCCCUUGCAGCACUCGUUCCUGACUGAGGUGACCGAUGUUUAUGAGAUGGAGGGAGGACUGUUGAACCUGCUCAAUGAUUUCCACUCAGGCCGGCUACAGGCCUUCGGGAAGGAAUGCUCCUUCGAGCAGUUGGAGCACGUGCGGGAAAUGCAGGAGAAGCUGGCCCGGCUGCACUUCAGCCUGGACGUGUGUGGGGAGGAGGAGGAAGAGGAGGAAGAAGAGGACGGGGUCACUGAGGGGCUGCCUGAAGAGCAGAAGAAGACCACAGCUGACCGCAACCUGGACCAGCUGCUUAACAAUCUGGAAGAUCUUAGUAAUUCCAUGUAUCCUUUCCCGGACCUGUGUGUGUGUAUGGGCCUCCCAGAGAUGGUAUCACUUUCCUCUUCCCUCCCACCCUCCAGGAGUGUUUACUAUAAUAUCAUCGCCACACUCUGAUGUCCUACUGAGUCAGAGUUAGCCACAGACUGCCCCAACCCGGGAAAAGGAGUGCAGGAAGAAUUUCCCAAAUAUUAGGAAAAAGUGGUUGCAGGGAGUAUGUUUUACCUACUUACCCAAAAUCUUUGCAAGCACUUUAGCUGACACCAAUCCAUGGCAAAGCUUGUCUAAUGUCUUCCUAAUCUUUCAGCACUCAAUUACUUUGAGUGAUUUAGAUGAUCUCCCUACCUAGUCCUGGUCAGAAAUAGUGCGGGUGCAGACACCUGUAGGAUCUACUAGAUCAAAAGAGAAUGGGCUAAGCCACCUAGCAAGAAGGGCCGAUGAAGACUGCAACCUCAGCCCUGGCUGGUCUGGCUCAGUGGAUAAAGCUAAGGCCCGUGGACUGAAGGGUCCCAGGUUUGAU